UACGUCAAAGCCUAAAGUUAGCGAUCUAGUACUAGUAUAGACAUCUGUGCGAUCUAGUACUAGUAUAGACAUCUGUGGCAAUGGUAGAUUCAUACUGCAUACGUUUCUUAUGCUAGAUCACAUGUAAACUAAUAAAUUAUUAGAAAUGCACCAUGUAGUACAGAUGUGAAAAUAAUCGGCGCGAAAAAAGGUUAUGUUCUUGUUUAGAUAUUUUAUAUACAAAAGUUAUUGACAAGAUACUAUUUAGAGUGCAGUUUUCUAUUUACUCAAUGAAAAAAAUAUAUAUAAUUGCAAGAUUUUAUUAAAAAUGGACGCUCUUUGGAAUGUUUUUAAUUUGGAACAACCGCCGUGCACAACUUGGCAUGUAAAACCAUUAGAUGCAAAAACAAUGGCUAUAAAUGUAGAUCUACUUAAUACUGUAGUUGCCACAGCAAUCAAAGACCUAAAAUCAUUGGAUGUUCUACACACAGAAGCUGCAGUUUUGAGCCGCUUAAUUUAUCGUAUGAAAAGCAAGUUUCGAAAUGAUAAAGGUUUGAAAAAGAUGGCUCAAUUGAAUAAAGCAUUGCUCAACUAUUAUAAUAUGGAUCUGCUAAAAGAAUAUGAAACUCUGAAAUCUAUUAUUCAAACAAAAGGCGAGAUAUAUAUUUUACCAAGUAAACAGAUGCUGGAAUAUGUGCUUGUGAGAAUGCAAGGCUUUGCAAAGCUUAUGAUCAGAGUUGAUAAGAUUGCAAAAGAUGCUGCACAUUUCUUGAAAGCAAGGAUUCAAUUAGGCCAUGCAUGGACUAUUUCUUUGAUGGCUUAUGCCACUGUCAGUAGGAUUUGGAUUUAUUCAAAGUUAAUGUUGCAAAAAUGUUGUAAAUGGUAUGAAGGACUAUAUCGUUGUUCAGAAAACUUUCAACUUAUUGGUCUACCUUGGAUUCCAAAGGAUCAAAGCUUACCAUGUGAUUUGAAGUUAUGGCUGCCUGAUUUUGAUUGGUUAGAUAAUGAAAUGAGUUUUUCUCACGAUGGUCUCUGGCAACAGAAAAAUAUGUUUAAAUUACUCAAGUUACAAUCUGACAAUACUGAGGAAAUAAAUUUAAUGACACCUGAUAACUUCACGACUGACAUCUCAAGACUGUCACAAGAAAAUACUUCGACUCAUGAUGUGCCAAAAAAUGAAUCUACAUCACGCACUGAUAAAGAUGACACUGGAGAAAUAAUAGAUCGAGAAACUUUCAAAAGAAGUCUGCCCAAGGCAUCACAUGUUGCAGAAAAUUCCUUAGCAAGGAAGCAUAAAGAAACAAUGGAAGAGCCAAAAAAUAAAAAAAGGAAACGAGAAACAAAAUCAAGAAUCAAAUUCAAGUCAAACAGAUCGAAACAAUAGAGUUAAAUGCAUCCAUAAGCGAAUUUAUCUUAUUGGGGGAGAGGGCUGAGGGGGGUGAGCUGAGGGAAAAACAAACAGCAUUAUGCAAUUCUAAUGGAAUGAUGCUAAGAUAAUAACAUUGAGCAGUAACUAGCUUUCUGUCGAAGGAUCUUCCGUAUUUGUGUAAGGUAUAUA